CCCAGUGCAGUGCAGUGGCAGUCACGCUGCUGGGACCUGCUGAUGGGACAAAGGGGAACAAAAGCAGGGAGACAGCCAGCGAGACAGCCGAGGCGAAGGGGAUGAGGAGGCUUAGGGAGACCGGGGGCGCCGCGACCUGAGCGGCGCGCAGUCCGGGGCCAGCCGCGCGGCCGCCGGCUCGGCAGGUCGCUGCAGGUGUUGGUGGAGGCGGUGGCCGCUUUCCCUCGGGGAAGGAGAGAGAGUCCUCCGGGGCGUGCUGUGCGGCUAAGAAGUGAUGCUGGGACGCAAGAACCACCAGAGCAAGACGGGUGCCCACCCACGAGGCGGCCACACCUGCUGAGAUGAGGGUGAGAAACGCCUUCCCCAGGGACAGCUGCAGCGUCUUCCCCCGCCACCUUCAAAAAGGGAUACGGGACAUUCUCAUGUGAAACAGCUUAUCUCUGUGUGGGAGGAAAGCCAGACGUCGCCAGCCUGAAGGACUCCGUUGGACCGGGAGGCAUACCCCCAAAAGGCAACCUCUUUUGGGAACCUCGAGGCAAAAGGCAGCAAUGUUUUUGGACAUCAGAUGAUGAGCGGCCACCAAGGGGGACAUCGGGUCCUUCAUUGGUCUCGCAGAGCUGAACUUGGCACACACGCCUGAAGGAAACACCAACGGAAGGCAAACCGAAGGAAGACAAAUAUUUUCAUGCUGUUCGCCGACCAGUGCUCCAGGAGAAGUGAUCAUGGAGACCAAGGAUAAUCGGUGGCUGCGGGUGACCGUCCUCCCCGGCUGCGUGGGCUGCAGGACCGUGGCCGUCCUGGAGUCCUGGACAGUGCGCGACAUCAAGGAGCGCAUCCGGGCGGAGACGGGCUUCCCGGCGUCGGAGCAGCGGCUGUGGCUCGGCGACAGGGAGUUACCUGACUGGAUCAAGAUUGGAGAUCUGACUUCCAAAAAUCAUCAUCUAUUUGUAAAUCUUCAAUCAAAAGGCUUAAAAGGGGGAGGUCGAUUUGGUCAAACAACUCCACCACUUGUGGAUUUUCUCAAGGACAUUUUAAGAAGAUACCCAGAAGGAGGACAGAUUCUUAAGGAAUUGAUUCAGAACGCAGAAGAUGCAGGGGCCACCGAAGUCAAGUUUGUCUAUGAUGAAACUCAAUAUGGGACAGAGACUCUUUGGUCAAAAGAUACGGCGCAUUAUCAGGGGGCCGCCCUGUACGUGUACAACAACGCGGUCUUCACGCCCGAGGACUGGCACGGCAUCCAGGAAAUUGCAAGGAGCAGGAAGAAGGAUGACCCCCUGAAGGUUGGAAGGUUUGGGAUUGGGUUCAAUUCGGUCUAUCACAUAACAGAUGUUCCUUGUAUUUUUAGCGGUGACCAGAUCGGGAUGUUAGAUCCUCAUCAAACGCUUUUUGGUCCACACGAAUCAGGUCAAUGUUGGAAUCUCAAAGAUGACAGCAAAGAAAUUAGUGACCUUUCAGACCAGUUUGCGCCAUUUAUUGGCAUUUUUGGAAGCACCAAGGACACGUUUGUAAAGGGCAGUUUCCCAGGGACAUUCUUCCGCUUCCCCCUCCGCCGGCAGCCUUCGCAGCUGAGCAGUAACCUCUACGACAAGCAGAAGGUCCUGGAGCUGUUCGAGUCCUUCCGGGCGGAUGCAGACACAGUGCUGCUCUUUCUGAAGAGUGUGCAGGACAUCUCCUUGCACGUCCGAGAGGCUGACGGGACGGAGAGGCUGUUGUUCAGAGUGACCGCCAGGGAGGAUGAGGCUCUGACCCCGGAGCGGCCGGAGGCGGUCAAGGCGCUGGGGGCUGCUAUCAGUAACUACUGUAGAAAGAUUCCAAGCAAUAGCAUAACCUGUGUAACAUACCAUAUAAACAUAGCUUUAGAAGACGCAAGUACAAAGGACACACAAAAGACAUCUUGGCUGGUGUGCAACAGUGUGGGUGGGCGAGGGAUUAGUAGUAAACUUGAUUCUUUAGCGGAUGAAUUGAAGUUCGUCCCAACCAUCGGAAUAGCCAUGCCUUUAUCAAGCGGAGAUGACGAAAAAGGAGCGACCUCUGAUUUCUCCGGAAAAGCAUUUUGCUUUCUUCCCUUGCCGCCAGGCGAGGAGAGUAAGACAGGCCUCCCCGUUCACAUCAGCGGGUUCUUCGGCCUGACCGACAACCGCAGGAGCAUCAAGUGGCGAGAGCUGGACCAGUGGAGAGACCCGGCCGCCCUGUGGAAUGAACUUUUGGUCGUGAACGUCGUCCCCAAAGCCUACGCUACUCUGAUCUUAGAUUCCAUCCACCGCCUGGAGUCGCAGGGGAGCUCCGGCUGUCCCUUGUCGGUGGACACCAUCUACAAGCUCUGGCCCGACGUGAACAAAGUCCGGGCACACUGGCAGCCGGUGCUGGAGCCGCUGUUCGCCGAGCUGUUCCAGAACGCAGUAGUGUGCUCCCUCAGCGGCCGCUGGGUUCGGCUGGAGCAGGCGCACUUCUCCGAGCUGGACGAAGGUUUGGAGCGCACCGGGACGGUGCUCCGCUACCUCCUUGGCGCAGGGAAGCAGGUCGUGAAGGUGCCGGCGCACCUGGCCGCGGCCGUGCAGCGGGCCGCCUCCCCCGAGAGGCCCGUGCAGAAGGUGACGCCCGCCUGGCUGCGCCAGGUGCUGAGGAAGUGCGCGCCCCCGGGCAGCGCCGAGGACAGGCUCCACCUCCUGGAGUUCGUACUCUCCGACCAGGCCUACGGGGAGCUGCUGGGCUUGGAGCUGCUGCCCUUGCAGAGCGGCAGCUUUGUUCCUUUCUCCUCCUCUGUUUCGGAUCAGGAUGUUAUUUACAUUCCCUCGGAAGACUAUCCAAGGUCCCUUUUCCCAGGUCUUGACGGCAGGUUUAUUUUGGACAACUUGAAGCCACACCUUCUGGCUGCUUUGAAGGAAGCUGCCCAAACCCGAGCACAACAACUUCUCUGGGGAUAUUCAGGAAGACCGUGCACUCAGCUGCAGCUUCUGAAUCCUGAGCGGUUCGCGCGGCUCAUCAAAGAAGUAAUGAAUACCUUCUGGCCUGGCAGAGAGCUGAUCGUUCAGUGGUAUCCAUUUGAUGAAGACAAAAAUCAUCCUCCUGUUUCAUGGCUGAAAAUGGUUUGGAAGAAUCUCUAUAUACAUUUUUCAGAGGAUCUGACUUUGUUUGACGAGAUGCCACUUCUCCCCAGGAUGGCACUAAAGGACGGUCAGACAUGUGUGGAGCUCAUCAGACUCAGGGUCCCAUCAUCGGUCAUUUUAGAAGAUGAGACGGAAGCGCAGCUUCCAGAGUUUUUAGCUGAUAUUGUACAAAAACUUGGAGGGAUCGUCCUUAAAAAGUUAGAUGCCUCCAUACAACAUCCACUUAUUAAAAAAUACAUUCACUCGCCAUUGCCAGCUGCCGUUUUGCAGAUAAUGGAGAAGAUGCCACUGCAGAAAUUGUGUAAUCAAAUAGCUUCGCUGCUUCCAGCGCACAAAGAUGCCCUGAGGAAGUUCUUAGCCAGUUUAACAGAGAUCAGUGAAAAGGACAAAAGAAUAAUUCAGGAACUGCCAAUAUUCAAACGAAUCAACCACUCAUCUGGUCAGGGAGUUUCCUCUUACACAAAACUGAAAGGGUGCAGAGUCCUGCACCGCACCGCCAGACUGCCGCCGCAUCUGCGGCUCUCAGUGCCAGUGGUUGACAGCGGCGAUGAAGCUACUAUUCGCUUGGCCAACAUGUUGAAGAUUGAGAAGUUAAAGACCACUAGCUGCUUAAAGCUUGUUUUAAAAGAUAUUGAAAGUGCAUUUUACUCCCAUGAAGAAAGAACGCACCUUAUGUUAUGGAUCCUUGAGCAUCUGUCCUCUCUUAAAAAUGAGAAUCCGAAUGUGCUUGAUUGGCUAAUGCCAUUAAAAUUCAUUCCGAUUGCCCAGGAGCGGAUGGUGUCCGCCGGUGAACUCUUCGAUCCCAACGUAGAAGUCCUAAAGGACCUCUUCUAUAACGAAGAAGAAACUUGCUUCCCGCCUUCACUUUUUACGUCACCAGAUGUUCUUCACUCUUUGAGACAGAUUGGUUUGAAAAGCGAAGCCAGUCUCACGGAGAAAGAUGUUGUGCAAGUGGCAAAAAAAAUUGAAGCCUUACAGGCCAGUGCUUGUCCAAGUCAGGAAGUUCUUACAAAGAAAGCCAGAACACUCCUGCAGGUGUUAAAUAGGAAUCACACGCUGCUGCAGUCGUCUGAAGGGAAGACGACGCUGAAGAAGAUAAAAUGGGUCCCCGCUUGCAAGGAGAGGCCCCCAAACUAUCCCGGCUCUCUGGCGUGGAGAGGCGACCUCUGCAGCCUCUGCGCGCCCCCAGAGAUGUGUGACGCAGCCCACGCAAUUCUCGUUGGCUCGGCACUUCCUCUUGUUGAGAGCAUCCAUGUGGACUUGGAAAAAGCUUUGGAUGUCUUCACAAAGCCUAGCAUCAGUGCUGUCUUAAAACACUUCAAAAUUGUCGUUGAUUGGUAUACUUCGAAAACUUUCAGUGAUGAAGACUACUACCAGUUCCAACAUAUUUUGCUAGAAAUCUAUGGCUUCAUGCAUGAUCAUUUAAAUGAAGGAAAAGAUGCUUUCAGAGCCUUAAAAUUUCCAUGGGUUUGGACUGGCAAAAAAUUUUGUCCCCUCACCCAAGCUGUGAUAAAACCAUUCCAUGACCUUGACCUUCAGCCUUAUUUGUACAGUGUGCCUAAAACGAUGGCAAAAUUCCACCAACUGUUUAAGGUCUGUGGUUCAAUAGAGGAGUUGACAUCAGAUCAUAUUUCCAUGGUCAUUCAGAAGGUAUAUCUCAAAAGUGAUCAAGAUCUCAGUGAACAGGAAAGCAAACAAAAUCUCCAUCUUAUGUUGAAUAUUGUCAGAUGGCUGUAUAGCAAUCAGAUUCCAGCAAGCCCCGAGACGCCAGUUCCUAUACAUCACAGCAGAAAGCCUUCUAAGCUCAUCAUGAAGCCGAUUCAUGAAUGCUGUUACUGUGACAUCAAAGUCGACGACCUGAAUGACUUACUGGAAGAUUCGGUGGAACCAAUCAUUCUGGUGCAUGAGGACAUCCCCAUGAAAACCGCGGAGUGGCUGAAAGUUCCGUGCCUCAGUACAAGGCUGAUCAAUCCUGAAAACAUGGGAUUUGAGCAGUCAGGACAGAGAGAACCACUUACUGUGAGGAUUAAAAAUAUUCUGGAAGAAUACCCUUCAGUGUCAGAUAUUUUUAAAGAGCUACUUCAAAAUGCCGAUGAUGCAAAUGCAACAGAAUGCAGUUUCCUGAUUGAUAUGAGGAGAAACAUGGACAUUAGAGAGAGCCUCCUGGACCCAGGAAUGGCGGCGUGUCACGGGCCCGCUCUGUGGUCAUUCAAUAAUUCUGAGUUCUCAGAUUCCGACUUUGUGAACAUAACUCGCUUAGGAGAGUCUUUAAAAAGGGGAGAAGUUGACAAAGUUGGGAAAUUUGGUCUCGGAUUUAAUUCGGUGUACCACAUCACCGACAUUCCCAUCAUUAUGAGUCGAGAAUUCAUGAUAAUGUUCGACCCAAACAUAAACCAUAUCAGUAAACAUAUCAAAGACAGAUCUAAUCCUGGGAUCAAAAUUAAUUGGAGUAAACAGCAGAAAAGACUUCGGAAAUUUCCUAAUCAGUUCAAACCAUUUAUAGACGUGUUUGGCUGUCAGUUACCCUUGACUGUAGAAACACCCUACAGCUACCGUGGAACCCUUUUCCGACUGUCGUUCAGAACGCAACAGGAAGCAAAGGUGAGUGAGAUUAGUAACACCUGCUAUAACACGGCAGAUAUUUACUCUCUUGUGGAUGAAUUUAGUCUCUGUGGACACAGGCUCAUCAUCUUCACUCAGAGCGUAAACUCAAUGUAUUUAAAGUACUUGAAAAUUGAGGAAAGCAAUCCCAGCCUAGCACAAGACACAAUAGUAAUUAAAAAAAAAUUCUGCUCUUCCAAAGCACUGAGUGCACCUAUCUUAAGUGUUUUAAAAGAAGCCGCUGAGCUCAUGAAAACUUGCAGCAGCAGCAAUAAAAAGCCUCCUCCUGAAGCCCCCAAGUCAUCUUGCAUUCUUCAGAUCACAGUCGAAGAAUUUCACAAUGUGUUCCGAAGGAUCGCCGACUUACAGUCGCCACUUUUUCGAGGGCCAGAUGAUGACCCGGCUGCUCUCUUUGAAAUGGCUAAGUCUGGCCAGUCAAAAAAGCCUUCAGAUGAGUUGCCCCAGAAAACAGUAGAGUGCACCACGUGGCUUCUGUGCGGCUGCAUGGACACAGGCGAGGCCCUGAGGUUUUCCCUGAGUGAAAGUGGAAGAAGACUAGGGCUGGUCCCCUGUGGGGCAGUAGGAGUCCUGCUCUCUGAAGUCCAGGACCAGAAGUGGGCCGUGAAACCACACAUCGGAGAGGUGUUCUGCUAUUUACCUUUACGAAUAAAAACAGGAUUGCCAGUUCACAUCAAUGGGUGCUUUGCCGUAACUUGCAAUAGAAAAGAGAUCUGGAAGACAGAUACAAAGGGACGAUGGAAUACCACCUUCAUGAGACACGUUAUUGUGAAGGCUUACCUAGAGGCACUCAGUGUCCUGCGGGACUUGGCCACCAGCGGGGAAUUGAUGGAUUAUACUUACUAUGCAGUGUGGCCUGAUCCUGAUUUAGUUCAUGAUGACUUUUCUGUAAUUUGUCAAGGGUUUUAUGAAGAUAUAGCUCAUGGAAAGGGGAAAGAAUUGACCAGAGUCUUCUCUGAUGGAUCUACGUGGGUUUCCAUGAAGAAUGUGAGGUUUCUAGAUGACUCUAUACUUAAAAGAAAAGAUGUUGGUCCAGCAGCCUUCAAGAUAUUUUUGAAAUACCUCAAGAAGACUGGGUCAAAAAACCUUUGUGCUGUUGAACUUCCUUCCUCGGUAAAGUUAGGAUUUGAAGAAGCUGGCUGCAAACAGGUACUGCUUGAAAAUACAUUUUCAGAGAAACAGUUUUUUUCAGAAGUAUUUUUUCCAAAUAUUCAAGAAAUUGAAGCAGAACUCCGAGAUCCUUUAAUGAAUUUUGUUCUAAAUGAAAAAGUUGAUGAAUUCUCAGGAAUUCUUCGCGUUACUCCAUGUAUUCCUUGCUCUUUGAAAGGACAUCCUUUGGUUUUACCAUCAAGAUUAAUUCACCCUGAGGGACGAGUUGCAAAGUUGUUUGAUACCAAAGAUGGACGGUUUCCUUAUGGGUCUACUCAGGAUUAUCUUAACCCUAUUAUUUUGGUUAAACUAGUUCAGUUAGGUAUGGCCAAAGAUGAUAUUUUAUGGGAUGACAUGCUAGAACGUGCAGAGUCAGUAGCUGAAAUUAAUAAAAGUGAUCACGCUGCUGCUUGUCUAAGAAGUAGUAUCCUAUUGAGUCUUAUUGAUGAAAAGCUAAAAAUAAGGGAUCCUAGAGCAAAGGAUUUUGCCACGAAGUAUCAAACAAUCCCCUUCCUUCCAUUUCUAACAAAACCAGCAGGUUUUUCUCUGGAGUGGAAAGGUAACAGUUUUAAGCCUGAAACCAUGUUUGCCGCAACUGACCUGUAUACAGCUGAGUAUCAAGAUAUAGUUUGUCUGUUGCAGCCAAUUCUCAAUGAAAACUCACAUUCCUUCCGAGGCUGUGGUUCAGUGCCGUUGGCUGUUAAGGAGUUUUUGGGAUUACUGAAGAAGCCCACAGUCGAUCUGGUUGUAAACCAGUUGAAAGAAGUUGCAAAGUCAGUUGAUGAUGGAAUUACGUUAUACCAGGAGAACAUCACCAACGCUUGCUACAAAUACCUUCAUGAAGCAAUGCUGCAAAAUGAAAGCGCUAAGUUAUUGAUUGUUGAAAACUUAAAAUCCUUUAGCUUCAUUCUAGUUGAGAAUGCAUAUGUUGGCUCAGAAAAAGUUUCUUUUCAUUUGAAUUUUGAAGCGGCACCAUACCUUUAUCAGUUGCCUAAUAAAUACAAAAAUAAUUUCCGUGAACUUUUUGAAAGUGUAGGUGUACGGCAGUCAUUUACCGUUGAAGAUUUUGCCCUUGUUUUAGAAUCCAUUGAUCAAGAAAGGGGAACAAAGCAAAUCACUGAAGAGAAUUUCCAGCUCUGCCGGCGAAUAAUUAGUGAAGGAAUAUGGAGCCUCAUUAGGGACAAGAAACAAGAAUUCUGUGAGAAAAAUUACGGCAAAAUAUUAUUGCCAGAUACUAAUCUUAAGCUUCUCCCUGCCAAAUCUUUAUGCUACAAUGAUUGUCCCUGGAUAAAAGUAAAGGACACCUCUGUAAAAUAUUGUCACGCUGACAUCCCCAGGGAAGUAGCUGUAAAACUGGGAGCCGUACCAAAGCGACACAAAGCCUUAGAAAGGUACGCAUCCAACGUCUGCUUUACGACACUUGGCACUGAAUUUGGACAGAAGGAAAAACUGACCAGCAGAAUUAAGAGUAUCCUUAAUGCCUACCCUUCAGAAAAGGAAAUGUUGAAAGAACUUCUUCAAAAUGCCGACGAUGCGAAGGCCACAGAAAUCUGUUUUGUGUUCGAUCCCAGACAGCACCCGGUGGACAGGAUAUUCGACGACAAGUGGGCCCCAUUGCAGGGGCCCGCGCUGUGUGUGUAUAACAACCAGCCCUUCACAGAAGAUGACGUCAGAGGAAUUCAGAAUCUUGGCAAAGGCACCAAGGAAGGAAACCCUUACAAAACUGGACAGUAUGGAAUAGGAUUCAACUCAGUGUACCAUAUUACAGACUGCCCUUCUUUUAUUUCUGGCAACGACAUCCUGUGUAUUUUUGAUCCUCAUGCCAGAUACGCACCAGGAGCCACAUCCAUUAGUCCUGGACGCAUGUUUAGAGAUUUGGAUGCAGAUUUUAGGACCCAGUUCUCAGAUGUUCUGGAUCUGUAUUUGGGAAACCACUUUAAACUGGAUAAUUGCACAAUGUUUAGAUUUCCUCUUCGUAAUGCAGAAAUGGCAAAAGUUUCAGAAAUUUCUUCAGUUCCCUCAUCAGACAGAAUGGUCCAGAAUCUUCUGGACAAAUUGCGGUCAGAUGGGGCAGAACUUUUAAUGUUUCUCAAUCACAUGGAAAAAAUUUCGAUUUGUGAAAUAGAUAAAACUACUGGAGCUCUAAAUGUGCUGUAUUCCGUAAAGGGCAAGAUCACUGAUGGAGACAGAUUGAAAAGGAAACAAUUUCAUGCAUCUGUAAUUGACAGUGUUACUAAAAAGAGACAGCUCAAAGACAUACCAGUUCAACAGAUCACCUAUACGAUGGAUACUGAGGACUCGGAAGGAAAUCUUACUACAUGGCUAAUUUGUAAUCGGUCAGGUUUUUCAACUAUGGAAAAAGUCUCUAAGAGCGUUAUAUCAGCUCACAAGAACCAAGAUAUCACUCUCUUCCCACGAGGCGGAGUGGCCGCCUGCAUCACUCACAACUAUAAAAAACCCCACAGGGCCUUCUGUUUUUUACCCCUCUCUUUAGAGACGGGAUUACCAUUUCACGUGAAUGGCCACUUUGCUCUAGAUUCAGCCAGAAGGAAUCUGUGGCGUGAUGAUAAUGGAGUUGGUGUUCGAAGUGACUGGAAUAACAACUUAAUGACAGCGUUAAUAGCCCCUGCGUAUGUGGAAUUACUGAUCCAGUUAAAAAAGCGGUAUUUCCCUGGUUCUGACCCAACGCUGUCCGUUCUACAGAACACGCCUAUUCAUGUUGUGAAGGACACUUUGAAGAAGUUUUUGUCAUUUUUCCCAGUUAACAGGCUUGAUCUACAACCAGAUUUAUAUUGUCUCGUGAAAGCACUUUAUACUUGCAUUCACGAAGAUAUGAAACGCCUUUUACCUGUUGUACGGGCUCCAAACAUCGAUGGCUCUGAUUUGCAUUCUGCAGUUAUAAUUACUUGGAUUAAUAUGUCUACUUCAAAUAAAACAAGACCAUUUUUUGACAAUUUACUGCAGGAUGAAUUACAAAACCUUAAAAAUGCAGAUUAUAAUAUCACAACACGGAAGACGGUAGCAGAGAAUGUCUAUAGGCUGAAGCACCUACUUUUAGAAAUCGGUUUCAACUUGGUGUACAACUGCGAUGAAACUGCCAACCUGUACCACUGCCUCGUAGACGCAGACAUUCCUGUGAGUUACGUGGCUCCUGCUGAUGUCAGGUCUUUUCUAAUGACGUUUUCCUCUCCCGACACUAAUUGCCAUAUUGGGAAGCUGCCUUGUCGUCUCCAGCAGACCAACCUGAAACUUUUUCAUAGUUUAAAACUUCUAGUUGAUUAUUGUUUUAAGGAUGCAGAGGAAAAUGAGAUGGAAGUGGAGGGACUUCCGCUUCUCAUCACACUGGACAGUGUUUUGCAGACUUUUGAUGCGAAACGACCCAAGUUUCUAACCACAUACCAUGAAUUGAUUCCAUCCCGCAAAGACUUGUUCAUGAAUACAUUGUAUUUGAAGUACAGUAAUAUUUUAUUGAACUGUAAAGUUGCAAAAGUGUUUGACAUUUCCAGCUUUGCUGAUUUGUUGUCCUCUGUGUUGCCUCGUGAAUAUAAGACCAAAAAUUGUACCAAGUGGAAAGAUAACUUUGCAAGUGAGUCCUGGCUCAAGAAUGCAUGGCAUUUUAUCAGUGAAUCUGUAAAUGUGAAAGAAGACCAAGAAGAAACAAAACCAACGUUUGACAUUGUUGUUGAUACCCUCAAAGACUGGGCGUUGCUUCCAGGAACAAAGUUCACCGUUUCAGCCAAUCAGCUUGUAGUUCCUGAAGGGGACGUUCUGCUCCCCCUGAGCCUUAUGCACAUUGCCGUUUUCCCGAAUGCCCAGAGCGACAAAGUGUUUCACGCGCUCAUGAGAGCUGGCUGCAUUCAGCUUGCUUUGAGCAAGAUAUGUUCCAAAGACAGCGCAUUUGUCCCUCUGCUGUCAUGCCACACGGCGAACAUAGAGAGCCCCGCAAGCAUUUUGAGGGCUCUACACUAUAUGGUUCAAACGUCAACAUUUAGAACUGAAAAACUGGUAGAAAAUGACUUCGAAGCACUUCUGAUGUACUUCAACUGCAAUUUGAGCCACUUGAUGUCCCAAGAUGACAUAAAAAUUUUAAGGUCGCUUCCAUGCUACAAAUCCAUCAGUGGUCGCUAUAUGAGCAUUGCAAAAUUUGGGACAUGCUAUGUACUUACUAAAAGUAUUCCUUCAGCUGAAGUGGAAAAAUGGACACAAUCAUCAUCAUCUGCAUUUCUGGAAGAAAAAAUACACUUAAAAGAGCUAUAUGAGGUGCUUGGUUGUGUGCCUAUGGAUGAUCUUGAGGUGUAUUUGAAACACCUCUUACCAAAAAUUGAAAAUCUCUCUUAUGAAGCAAAAUUAGAGCAUUUGAUCUAUCUUAAGAAUAGAUUAUCAAAUAUUGAGGAAUUGUCAGAGAUCAAAGAACAACUUUUUGAAAAGCUGGAAAGUUUAUUGAUAAUCUAUGACGCUAACAGUCGGUUAAAGCAGGCGAAACAUUUCUAUGAUAGAACUGUGAGAGUUUUUGAAGUUAUGCUUCCCGAAAAACUGUUUAUUCCAAAGGACUUCUUUAAAAAAUUGGAACAACUUAUAAAACCCAAAAAUCAAGUUGCAUUUAUGACCUCCUGGGUGGAAUUCUUAAGGAAUAUUGGACUAAAAUACAUACUUUCUCAGCAGCAGUUGUUACAGUUUGCUAAGGAAAUCAGUGUGAGAGCUAAUACAGAAAACUGGUCUAAGGAAACUUUGCAAAACACAGUCGAUAUCCUUCUCCAUCAUAUAUUCCAAGAACGAACGGAUUUGUUAUCUGGAAAUUUUUUGAAAGAACUGUCUUUAAUACCAUUUUUAUGUCCUGAGCGGGCUCCUGCUGAAUUCAUUAGAUUUCAUCCUCAGUAUCAAGAGGUAAACGGAACACUUCCUCUUAUAAAGUUCAAUGGAGCACAAGUGAACCCAAAAUUCAAGCAGUGUGAUGUGCUCCAGCUGCUAUGGACUUCCUGCCCUAUUCUUCCAGAGAAAGCCACACCCUUGAGCCUCAAAGAACAGGAAGGCAGUGACCUUGGCCCACAAGAGCAGCUGGAACAAGUCUUAAGCAUGCUUAACGUUAACUUGGACCCCCCUCUUGAUAAGGUCAUUAAUAACUGCAGAAACAUAUGCAAUAUUACAACUUUGGAUGAAGAAAUGGUGAAAACCAGAGCAAAGGUCUUACGGACCCUGUAUGAAUUUCUCAGCGCAGAAAAAAGGGAAUUUCGUUUUCAGCUGCGGGGGGUUGCUUUUGUGAUGGUAGAGGACGGCUGGAAGCUUCUGAAGCCUGAAGAGGUAGUGAUCAAUCUAGAAUAUGAAUCUGAUUUCAAACCUUAUUUGUACAAACUACCUUUAGAACUUGGCACCUUUCAUCAGUUGUUCAAACAUUUAGGUACUGAAGAUGUUAUUUCAACUAAGCAGUAUGUUGAAGUGUUGAGCCGCAUAUUCAAAAGUUCCGAAGGAAAACAGUUAGAUCCUAAUGAAAUGCGUACAGUAAAGAGAGUAGUUUCUGGCUUGUUCAGGAGUCUGCAGAAUGAUUCGGUCAAGGUGAGGAGUGAUCUUGAGAAUGUACGCGACCUUGCACUUUACCUUCCAAGCCAAGACGGUAGACUGGUAAAGUCCAGCAUCUUAGUGUUUGAUGAUGCACCACAUUACAAAAGUAGAAUCCAAGGGAAUAUUGGUGUGCAAAUGUUGGUGGAUCUUAGCCAGUGCUAUUUAGGGAAAGACCACGGAUUUCAUACUAAGUUGAUAAUGCUUUUUCCUCAAAAACUCAGACCUCGUUUACUGAGCAGUAUACUUGAAGAGCAGUUAGAUGAGGAGAUGCCCAAAGUCUGUCAGUUUGGAGCCCUGUGUUCUCUUCAAGGAAGGUUGCAGUUACUCUUGUCUUCUGAGCAGUUCAUUACAGGACUCAUUAGAAUUAUGAAGCAUGAAAAUGAUAAUGCUUUCCUGGCCAAUGAGGAAAAAGCCAUAAGACUUUGCAAAGCCCUACGAGAAGGCCUGAAAGUGUCCUGCUUUGAAAAGCUUCAAACAACAUUAAGAGUUAAAGGUUUUAACCCUAUUCCCCACAGUAGAAGUGAAACUUUCGCUUUUUUGAAGAGAUUUGGUAAUGCUGUUAUCCUGCUAUACAUACAACAUUCAGAUAGUAAAGACAUUAAUUUCCUACUAGCAUUAGCAAUGACGCUUAAAUCAGCCACUGACAAUUUGAUUUCUGACACUUCAUAUUUAAUUGCUAUGCUAGGAUGCAAUGAUAUUUAUAGGAUCAGUGAGAAACUUGACAGUUUAGGAGUGAAAUAUGACUCUUCGGAACCAUCAAAACUUGAGCUUCCAAUGCCUGGCACUCCAAUACCAGCUGAAAUUCAUUAUACUCUGCUUAUGGAUCCAAUGAAUGUUUUCUACCCGGGAGAAUAUGUUGGGUACCUUGUUGACGCUGAAGGCGGUGAUAUCUAUGGAUCAUACCAGCCAACGUACACAUAUGCAAUUAUUGUACAAGAAGUUGAAAGAGAAGAUGCUGACAAUUCCAGUUUCCUAGGAAAGAUCUAUCAGAUCGAUAUAGGUUACAGCGAGUAUAAAAUAGUCAGCUCUCUUGAUCUGUAUAAGUUUUCAAGGCCCGAGGAAAGCUCUCAAAACCGAGACAGUGCCCCUUCCACACCGACCAGCCCCACGGAGUUCCUUGUCCCCGGUGUGCGGAGUAUCCCUCCUCUCUUCUCUGCCAGAGACGGCCACAAGGCCCCGUCUUCGAAACACCAUGGCCCCAAAAAGCUUAAGGUGAAUUCUCUGCCAGAAAUUUUAAAAGAAGUGACAACAGUGGUGGAGCAAGCGUGGAAGCUUCCAGAAUCUGAAAGAAAGAAGAUUAUUAGACGGUUAUAUUUGAAAUGGCACCCUGACAAAAAUCCGGAGAAUCAUGACAUGGCUAAUGAAGUUUUUAAACAUUUGCAGAACGAAAUUAACAGAUUAGAGAAACAGGCUUUUCUGGAUCAAAAUGCGGACAGAGGCUCCAGGCGGACAUUUCCAACCUCCGCCUCCCGAUUUCAGUCAGAGAAGUACUCAUUUCAAAGGUUUUAUACUUCGUGGAAUCAAGAAGCAACGAGCCAUAAAUCUGAAAGGCAACAGCAGAAUAAAGAGAAAGGCCCACCUUCGGCUGGACAGACUUACUCCCAACGGUUCUUUGUUCCUCCCACUUUCAAGUCCGUCGGUAAUCCAGUUGAAGCGCGGAGGUGGUUAAGACAAGCCAGAGCGAAUUUUUCAGCGGCCAGGAAUGACCUUCAUAAAAAUGCCAAUGAAUGGGUGUGCUUCAAAUGCUACCUUUCCACCAAGUUAGCCCUGAUUGCCGCUGACUAUGCUGUGAGGGGCAAGUCCGAUAAAGACGUAAAGCCAACUGCGCUCGCACAGAAAAUAGAGGAAUAUAGUCAGCAGCUCGAAGGACUGACCAAUGAUGUGCACACAUUGGAAGCCUACGGGGUAGACAGUUUAAAAACAAGGUACCCUGAUUUGCUUCCUUUCCCACAGAUUCCAAAUGACAGGUUCACCUCUGAGGUCGCGAUGAGGGUGAUGGAGUGUACUGCCUGCAUCAUAAUAAAGCUUGAAAAUUUUAUACAACAAAAAGUGUGAAAGUGUGUUAAGAAGAAAAAGUAGACCUAAGUCUUGGAUGUGUUAGAGCACAAAUACAAACUGCUGCCCUCCCCGAAGCUUCAUUGCCGCUCACUUAGGAACUGGGAAGCACAGUGCAGGUGGCUCGGGAUGGAUUUCAAAGUUGCUGUGAAUAUGAGCAUCGGUAGAAGACCAUGACUGAAUCUAAGAGAAAAUUAUUUUGAAGACAGUGGUGAACUGCAGAAUUGCUAGGUGUGUUUGAAUGGCUAGAAUGGCACAGUACUGAACUGCACUUUAUAUAACCAAAGCUCAGCGGUUUGUUAGAGAACAGUCUGUUCAUAUCUCUGGUUGGGAUGAAGUUAAUUUUAUGUUUUUAAUGUGGCCUUUCUGAAGGAGCUAACAAAACACUGGAAUAUCAUUGGCUUAAACAACUAAGGGGAAUUAAGUCCUGGAAUUGUAUCAUUUCUUUCAGUGGAUCCUCUUGGAUAUAUGCCGUUUCCUUAUCAGCUGGAUCUGAUUAUGAAUUUGUUGCAAUUUUACAUCUUAAAUACUCAGUCCAUUGAAAACGUGGUACCGUAUUUUAUUCCUGAAUAUUACUUGAUGAAGAGUAGGCAGGUAGUAGUUGUUAGGUGCACUGGGGUGCACUUCACAUCUUUAAGUGUUUUUUACACCUUCUGUUUACAGGUUUUUUCUUUCAUGAAAAUAGCAUAUGGAAAACAACAUCAUGGUGGUUCUUACCACCAGGUGUCAGUAUUGCUUCUGAGAACUGCUUACCGACACAGCAUUUAUCAACUGUUGGAACAUUAGCUUCAUGUUUGUUUGUACAUAUUUUCCACAAAUGUCAUAAUUUAUAUAGUGUGGUCGAACAGGAUGCAAUCUUUUGUUGUCUAAAGGUGCUGCAGAUAAAAAAAAAUCUUUUGUCUUUCAACAUGGCGCUUAGUGGAGCCUUUGGGUUUUAUUUUGAAAACGUUGAAAAACUGUAAAAUCAUUGUGACAAUAUCCAGUAGUGUGUAAAAGGAAUUAUUAUCAGCUUGCAUUUUCCUCAUGAAUGAUUCAGAACUGACAGUUCAUCCCCAUUGUGUUUGAUUGUCUGAAUGUCCUACCGUAAGUUUUUACUUUAACAUAUUUCUUGUGCAGAAUGAAAAAGAAAGGUAAUGAUAAUGAGGUGAAUGUGUGCUGGCUGUAAAUGAUGCUAAAUAUAAUAUUUUAUGCAAUUAAGGGCUUAUGGAACAUUACAACUUUUUUACUUUUAUUGGUAAUAAGGAAUGUUUGCACCUCCACUAUCCUGUUGCUUCUGGAUGUGAAACCAUAUAAUUAUUCCUGCUGUUACAUUAAGUGCCAUAAUUUUAAUAAAGCAAGUGUACAUAU